GUUUUUUUUCACCUGGUGUUAAGUGGUUACUGGAGCCCAUAGACAUCUACAACGUAAAUGCGCCACCCACCUCGAGAUAUAAGUUCUAAGGUCUCAGUAUAGUUACAGCGGCUACCCCACACUUCGAACCGAAACGCAUUACUGCUUCACGGCGGAAAUAGGCGGGGUGGUGGUACCUACCCGUGCGGACUCCCAAGAGGUCCUACCACCAGUGAUUACAGAAAUUAUAAUUUUGCGGAUUUGGUUUUUAUUACACGAUGUUAUUCCUUCACUGUGGAAGUCAAUCGUGAACAAUGUUGAGUACAUAUUUAAUUAGAAAAAUUGGUACCCGCCUGCGGGAUUCGAACACCGGUGCAUCGCUACAUACGAACGCACCGGACGUCCUAUCCUUUAGGCCACGACGACUUCAAUAUAUCAAUUCAAUAUAUCAAUCAAUAUUAUCUAUGAUACAACAGACAAAGCUGUAUGGGCUUAGAUCCCUUUGCCUACCCUGGUAAGGAAAUAUUGUAUGAAAAAAAUAUCUAUGAUACAGAUUAUACAAAAUAUAAGGUAGAUCCAUAGACCUAUAUAGUAGGGACACGACAUAUUGUUCUAUACGUACAAUUGCUUAUAUAAAUAGCACCCAUUUUGAAGGCACAUACAUAAACAUAUAUCUAUCUCGUUCUUACUCAGCACUUUAACUCGCAGGAAAACAAUAUAACAGUAUUUCAGUGCGUACAUAAAAUGAAACAUGAAUAUACGUAAAUAUCUCCGUCUCCGUCUAAUGAGGCCGAAAAUCCGCCAUGUUUAGCGCGCCAAAUGUCAUUGUCACGUCAGUUCGGCCGUCUGUUUUGGGUUGUACAUUAUUUAUUGACUAUGAUAUCGAUUUAAUAUGAUUGAUUAUAUAAAAUUUCAUAAUUUAUCAUGCUUAAAACAUACAAAAAUAAUAAUUAAAACGUAUUUUAUAGGAUCUCAAGAAAGUCGAUGUCCUAAAACUAUUAUCUAUAUGUAUUAAAAUUCAUUAUGGAGCCCUCAUCCGAAAAAUCCAUUUUUCGGUCGGAAUCUAUUGAUCAUGACACUAAUCAUAAAUACCACUUUAAAAUAUGUCAUCAAAACAUAUUUAGACAUUCUGUUUAGAUAUUUCGGGAAAAAGGCUACCGACAAAAUCUCUUCGGAACUAUUUAAAUAAAAUAGUUUUAUUCCGCAGUGAGUAAAACACUAUUGUAAAUUUGUUAAAUAUUUAAUAAUUAAGUGAUUUUAGAGAGGAAGUCACAAGGAAUGACGUUUGUAAUUAAUGAAUAAAUGUUCUGUAGGUGUUUUUUUUUUCACGCGGUCCCUUGAUAAGUUUAAAAUUUGAAUCACUCUCAAGCGAAAGUGAUUCAAAUGGUGCGGCGCACCUUCCUUGGGGUGCGCUGCGGUAGUAUGUUACGGACUUUAGAGUCAGCAAAACAAUUAAAAUAGAUUGUAAUAGUCUAAGAAAAACACGUACUCAAAAUACGAUAACAUUUAGCAUGCUAGAAAUGGGCUGAUGGCUUUGAACUACGCCAUAUCUUUAUGUUUUGCGACAAACGACAACUUUAUAAAAUCAGUGUAGCAACUUUUAAAAAUCAUCAUAUCGUUUACUUGGCAAAUUCGAAGGACGAACUUGUCUUAGAUUUCACCCAUCUAAAUCAUAUCAUAUUUGCACAUAACAAUAUACCUACUUACUUCCCAUUAAAGUAUAAAUUCUACAAAUAAAUAAUACUCAACAAUAUUUAAAAUAAAAUGAGCCAAGAACGUUUAUCGAUAAAACCUGAUAACAUUGAAAUCUUUUGUACAGCACUAAAGCCGCCAUGUUUUGUGGCCAGAUGACGUCACACUGGCACGAAAUUUUGGUUGACGUUUCAUUUCCAUAGGUUUCCUACUUCAUUGGGUAGAUCGUAGAAGAAAAAGAAAAAAAACCUGGAAAUUAGACAACAUGUCGGACAACGAAGACUGGUUAGAUGAUGACUUCGGAGGUGAAAGCCUGACCGACUUCAAUCCUGGAAAUGAGGAGGAGGAUUUGCUCUUGGCUGAUGAUUAUGAAAGUGGUCCUCAAAAUGUGCCAACUUCAAUCAGAGCAUACAAUGAACGGGAAAUACUUAUUCAAUCUGGCGACUAUCCUACGCAUCCCAUAGAGGAUAACCAGCCCUUGGUGUACCAGCCAGCUGUUGAACCAGAAUGUGUUGUUCCAAAUAUAACAGUUGAGGUACCAAACCAGCCUACAGAUCACGGACAUUGCACAUAUGCUCCAUAUGAGCCUGCAUAUGACCCAGAAAGAACAGUUCCUCGAGCUAUUCCUGCUGGACCAGUUGAGUCGCCACAGAUUGUACCUUCUGAAAUCAAUCAACCAAUUGCAAACGUAGAGAUGGGUCGCCAAAGAUUCAUUGCAGAACGUAGCCCCGCACAGAGGAUGCCUCAAGUCAGAGAUAUACCGGACACAUUAGAUAAAGUGGUGAUACCCCGCAGCUCGUUCCGCGGCAGGCCGUGGAUCCGAUCCCAGUACACCAGGCACUCGCAUCCUUACCGGACCAACUAUGUGCAUCGGGCUAAGUUUAAUCAACGCGUGUCCUUCCCGCCGCCUCAGGUCCGUCCAAACACCUCACAAAUUCGAGUAGAAAACCGGCCUCCAAUCCAACCAGUGAUUCGCCCACCAACCCAACCAGACUUUCGACCACCCGUUCAACCGGAGAUAGGUCCUCCUAUCCGGACGGAGGUCCGCCCACCCAUCCAACCGGAUAUCCGUUCGACCGUUCCACCUGGAAUCGGGCCACCCAAUCAACCGGACGUUGGACCGCCGACGCAACUGGACGCGCGUCCUAUUCAAACGGAGAUCCGGCCGCUGGUCCGGCCCGACAUGCCGCCGGAUAUCCGUAUCGUCCGACCGGAGUUGAGGCCCAUGCGCCCGGAAGAGUUACCUCCUCCCAUGCUGGCACCAGAGAUAUCCCCGGAAAGAGCACCACAUCCGGAGUUCAGAAUGAAUCCCCCGAGGUUCUUCAGGCCGAGCAUGGAGGGACAGUUUGGUCCGGGCAGACCACACUUCGAGCCUCGCGGGCUCCAACAUUACAGGUCGGCGCGCGCCCCCCCGCGGCAGGAGGUGCGCAUGCUACCCGUGCUGCCGCCGCUCGCCGGCAAGAAGGUGCUCAUCAACCCGCACUUCAAGGGAAACUUUCAGCCGCCGCUCGAAGGGUUCCCGGCGUACAUACCGACUAGGAUACAAAAAUCGCCUCCCCGAAGUCCGCCGCCGUAUCAAACCGGUCCGAUAAAGGACAUUGACGAGGCGGCGGAGAGGUUCAUAGCCGAGCAAAGGGACGCACUGGCGCGGGCCGCCGGCAGGAAGGCCAGGCGCUCGCCGCAGAGGUACAUCGAGAAUACUACCAUAGAGAUCGAGAAUGAGCUAGCGCAGAAUCCGGGGUGGGGCGGCGGCAGGGGGAGGGCGGGGGAGGACGAGGAGUUGCUGAGGAGGCAGGAGGAAUUCAUCAAUGCCAACAGAGCUGGCCUGAGGAGACGGAUGAGGUCUCCGUCCCCUCCACGCCGGCCCCCCUCUCCGCGGCGCAGCCCCCCGCGGCGGCCCAGGGACAACGACGAGGAGUCGGAGUACAAGCGCCGGGUUCGCGAGCAGGAGACCCUGAGGGAGAGGGUGCUCCGCGCCAAGGAGCUGAGGAGGAGGAGGAACGCGGCACUCAGUCGUCAGCCGCCGCAGAGCAAGGAAGAUGCAGAUAGCAGAGACAAAGAGACGACCCCUCCAAAAUCUGAAGAACCCCUCAAACCGGUCCCCCGGGUGGACCAGCCGACCAGCUCAGAGGAAAUCAAACCGGACACCACCAAGAAGUCUCCAGAGAGGAAAACCGAGCUUGUAAAAAGAGCACCACCUCCGGCUGCGAAGGAACGGACCCCGCCCAGAGACGACGGCGCUGAGGUCAACUCUACCUGCGAGACAUUGACCCCCCCUCCUCCGGGCGGGUCCCCCUCCCCGCCCCCCGCCACGCCCCCGCUGCCGCCGCUGCGCACCGACACGGACGACGAGCUCGACCUCAUCCUCGAGGACAUCGACGAGAUCCUCAGCGACGACGACGACACCGGACGGUUCAAGGCCAAAUCGCAGCCAGAACCGGAGCCCAGCAAGAACCAGCUCGACCUCCGCUCCAAGCUGGCGCCGCGGAGCACCCUCACCCUCGCCGAGAGGAAGCAGGAGCGGCAGAAGAUCAUCUACAACGACGGCAGGGGCGACAAGAAAAACGACAAGUCGCCGCCCGCCAAGCCGCUGGUCUCGUCCACCAGGAGCGAGCCCGCUGACGUCGUGCCCAGGAAGAUCGUUAAGGUGGCGCCGGCGGCGGAGGGCGCGGCCCCGCGGAACCGGCGAAGGAUCGUUUUUGACACUAAAGAGCAAGAGAACCGCGACGACGACAAGAGGACGUUCUCGAACCGCCGCGUCAUCCUGCAGCGGAAGGACAAGCCCCGCAUUGAGAUAAACAAGGAGGGGCUGGGGAUGCUGAGCCGGGCGCUGCGUCGCGACCCCCCCGACCCCCCGCCGCCCGCCCCCCACGCCGCCACCGUCUCCAACCUGCCCUUCGGCAUCACCGACACCAGGAUCCGGACCCUCGCCGGCCCCCAGCUGCAGACGUUGGUACUGGAUAAGGAAGAGCGCACAGCGAAGAUAACGUUCAAGACCAAAGAAGCCGCGGAGAUGUUUAAAAGGAAAUUUAACAACAAAAUGGUGGCGGCCAGCCGGCUCACCGUCGCACUGCUAGAGUGACGCGCGACCGUCCAGACCAGCGGUCGGGGAACUUUUCUAAUUAUUACCCCAAAAUACUUUUGUGUAAGUUGAUAUUGGUAGGCAUGGUAGGCAGCGGCUUGGCUCUGCUCCUGGCAUUGCUGAAGUCCCUGGGCGACGGUAACCACUUACCAUCCGGUGGGCCGUACGCUAGUCUGACUACAAAGGCAAUAAAAAAAAAUACCCCAUGGCGAAGAACAAAAAAAAAACGAAAUCGCUUCUUUUUAGCAUCUUUCAUAUUAUAGCCCCCAUGAUAAUUUUGAAAAGACAAACAAUAACUAAAAUUUUAACGAUUCUAAAAAAGUUUCACUUCAAUAUAUACUUUUUACUCACAAAAGUUUCAUUUUACCCCAUUUGGGGUAAUUUACCCCGGUUCCCCGACCGCUGGUCUAGACGGUGACCGUUCGAGCUGCGCCUAGUCCGAUGGUGACAGAAGUGGGGGGGCAGGAAGGUUGGGGGGUGUCGCUAAUUCUCAAAAGUCGCGCCUAAAAUCAUUGACAAUAUAGUGUCGGUAGUUAAUUAAACGAAGACUAUAAACAAAACUCCGGUUAAAAACAACUGCCCCUCCAAUCAAACAAGCUCAAACGGUCACCGUUAUUCAAACGUGUCCUAUGAAGCAUUGAUUGUAACAACGUCACGUCUUGUAAAUAUAAUGUUAGUUGUUUUUUUAUUUUUUUCAUUUCAAUUGUAUUGAACCAGUAAUGCUUAAGCACUUCACUUUCGUUUCAGUGCUUCGAGAUUAUACAGGGUGUCCCAUAAUGGGUAUAGCAAGCCGAAAAGUGGUUAUAGGAUAUCAAUAAUGGAUAUCACGUUAAAAAUAUAAAAAAAAACAUAUACUAUUACAUAGUCGUAAUUAGUAGUUUUAUACAAAAAAACUUAUUAAUUGUUUGAACACUUUGAUGACAACCCUGAAUUUAUACAACCAAAAGCUCCAUUGGGCUUUCAUUCGUUUAAACUUGUCAGAACGAGAUAAACGAAUUUGUUAUGUGUUUAAUUGUCUAACUCUAUCAUUUCUUAUAUUAAUAAGUGCAUAAGGCUCGAAAAUUUAAAACAAAUUUCAUACUUAUCGCGGAGAAUGUUACUAAAUUUAAAAUUAAUUGCUAAGAUAAAAAAAGCUGUUUGAUGUGCCGAUACCGUCUGAGCGGCCAGCGGUGCCGGCGGUGUGUUUGUGCGUAUUUCAAUCGGCUGACAUCUUGUGACCGUUUUUAAAUAAAAAAUAUAUAAAAAAAUCGCAACAAUUGAUAUGUAGCCAUCCUUAUUUUUACUACUAAUCAUAUUACGGUAUCUUAUGUAAAGUAUAAUACAAGGGCUGGCAGAAGAAUAUUUUGUUCGUAGUGUUCAAGAACACUUUAUUCCCUAAUUAUUUACUUGAAAACUUUCAUCGAAUAUUAUACAACACUACAGUUUUCAGAUUAAUCUUCCCACUGUGGGACACCCUGUAUAGUACUAUAGUUAACUGUAAGAUUUAUUUAGGUUAUGAUUUUUUUAUCUAUUGUUGAAGUUGAGAGAAGCAAGCAUCUUGUUGAGAUCAUCUGGAAAAUUAGUAAAAUUUCUGUAAAAUCGUCCAGCAGUGACAGAUGUCAAAAUUGGCAGCUGUCAAUGUACUCUACAACAAACAAUGUAGACUUCAGAGCAGUUUGUGCAUUGUACUUUGACUAGUGAGAAUUGUGCGCUUCAAUGUUUGUUGUACUUAAAUCAGUAAGCAAGCGCCAUUGCUUGAGUUUUCAAUUUAAGGAAUUACUAUUGUUUAGUAGUUAUUUUUGUGUAAAGGUAUUGUUUAAAAAAAAAGAUGCAUUUUAUCCCAAUUUUUUGACCUCGCAUAUCGAAAACAUUCAUUACUGGAUCAAUACAAGCACAUUUAAGAAUCUUGGUGCAUUCUGAACGCGCUCGAAGUGGUGGAGACGCGCUUGCGUCUGGUUACUGCGUAGUUCCCAGUGACACGGGCCACUGGGCAUCAGUUCCGAUGGUCAUGUCACUGUCAUGGGCGAACGAUAUAUUUAAACCGGUCAGUCAAUUUUGUGCAGUGAAAGAUUAAUUACACAACUAUUAUACUGCUAACUCAUCGAGCUUUGAUUGAAGUGCGCGUGUUCUUGUAUGAAAUUUUGCGAUUUUAAUUAAUAUAGAAAUAUCAGUUUGGUAUACAGGGUGUAUUGUGACCAGAUCCAGAGUCGAAACUGGACUAAAUCGCUAUGUAAGAUUUAUUUUAUUUAGAUUUAUUACUGGUGGUAGGACCUCUUGUAAGUGCGCGCGGGUAGGUACCACCACCCCGCCGAUUUCUGCCGUGAAGCAGUAAUGCGUUUCGGUUUGAAGGGCGGGGCAGCCGUUGUAACUACAUAUAUUGCGACCUUAGAACUCAUAUCUCAAGGUGGGUGGCGGCGUUUACAUCGUAGAUGUCUAUGGGCUCCGGUAAACACUUAACACCAGGUGGGCUGUGAGCUCGUCCACUCAUCUAUACAAUAAAAAAAAAAAGAUUAAUUUAGUUCCUAAACCAAGAAAUGUGGGUAGUAUUUGUAGGUUUCAUGAGAGGUUAGUGUGAUCGAGCAUUGUAGCAAGAGUGGCCAUGGUAUACGCGCUAUAGACCCGGGUCAACACCUAGAUAUGCAAAUAUAAAUGGUUUCAUUAAACAGGUUUAAACUAACGAUUUCUUAUUUUAUUGGGUUCGCAAUACUUAAACUCUGUUGCAAGUGCCGUGUUGCCCUAUCGAAAUAUUGGAAAUAUUUUAUUAGAAAAUUGAGAGAUAAGAAAAAUUUCAACUUUAUAGUAUGAACAUUAUGACCUCAGUUAUAAUGUCGCAUUUCGUUCUUUUGCGCGAACACUAAAUAAUUGGGCAAUUAUAAAGUAAAAGUAUCAGUGUUAUCUGGUGUAGGGUCUGAUACACCCUGUAUACGACAAGUUAGAAUUUUAAUUCGUACGUUUACGUCGUAAGCAACUAAUUUUAUUGUAGUUUUUACGUCACGAUUUUACGCAUUUAAAUGGAGUUUAUCGUUUGGUGUUUGAUUAAUUAAUAUUGAUAAUAGUUUUAUUAUAGUUUAAGUUUAUACUUAUAUGAAUAUGUUUUGUGAUUAUUGAUUGGAAAAUGGUACAUACUUUCUCGGUGAUAUGGUUGUUUUAAUUCGGUUCUCUUAUUUUCGUUAGUGUUUUAUCAAUAGUACCUACUGAGAAAUCGAUUUCACGUCAUAUAAAAUUUUUCGUGUAAAUGAGAUUGCAUUUUAUUAUUCCAUAACAAUCGUGUUAAAAGGAGUCAUGAAUAUUGAAGACAAAGUUCAUGUAUUUAUUAAUUUUUCAGUCUCAUUUUGAAAGCGUUGAUAGCCUUAAAUUAAAUAAAAUUGUUUGUUUUUUUUACUUUUCUAUUUCAAUUAAAAAUAGUUCGGUUUGUCUAAAAUCUGUCUUUUUAUUAUAUAUCCAUAUAUUUCUCCUUAGAGGACUGAAAUUAGUGUACAAGUUAACUAAAAUGUUAUCGAAAUAGAAACACGCAACGCUUUUUUAUACUAUUUUAGUGUAGAUACAUUAUAAUUAUCCGGAACCUUCAUAGUGUUUUUUUUUUAAAUUAGAUUUUUACCAUUUUAAAACUACCCGCUCAAAUUUUGUGUACAUCGGCAACUUGAGUUUUUAAUAGUGAAACAAGAAUGUCGAAUAUUAUGUAUGUACCAAUAAGUAUAGGGUGGGUACAAGGGAACUAUUCUCGAAACUGAAUAGGGGAAUAAAUUUUAACAUUGUCGAGGAAAUAUAGAUUUGUUGAGAAAAAUUAUUUGUUGGGGUAUUAUUGGUAGGUUCACAAAUCCCGUAUCUGUGUACUAAGUGCGAGUUUUUUAACGUUCUCGAUAGCGUAAAAGUUAACUCAAAAUUUGUAUGGAGUUGGAACAGCGCUCCUAGCGGCAAACAUAGGCAAACGUUCCAACUCCAUACAAAUUUUGAGUUAACUUUUACGCUAUCCAGAACGUUAAAAAACUCGCACUAAGCACACUGUCAUGUUAAAUAUUGGUCGCCCGCGUGUCGAGUCGUGUGUAGCAUUAGCAGGAGUGUGUAUAAACAGGCGCCUUCAUUUUGGGAAUGGUUCCCUUUUCUACCCCCUAACUUUACUGCAUAGGAUAAUAAAGGCGUAACUAAUUACACUUUGCUAAUUUUCAUUAUUCACCCGAGGCUCGGCCGAAAAGUAAAGUAAAGGUAAUCUAGACUACUCGUAAUUGUAACACAAUUAUGUUAACUGUCGUAAUUGUUACCGAGUAGGUAGUGUUUUUUUGUGUGUAAUUGCUUAUACAUUCAAGAAUGUUGUCAAGUGAAAAUAUUAUUCUGUUCUGACAAAACUAAACUAUUUGAGGAAUUAUUCCUUUAAAUUUAGACGGAAAUUGUUUUUUAAAUUUAAGUGACAGUUUUUUUUUUGUGAAAUUACCAUAAAUAUUUUUUAAGCAUAAUUUGUUUAUUCGUAGCAUUAAAAAAAAUAAAAAUUAUGUAAAAACGCAAUUGUUUUAAUCUUACGUUCGUGCGUAGAAUGGGUAUGACCUUAAUUAAAUAAAAAAAACGAUCUCAAAAAUAAAAUGGUGAAUUUUAUUCAUAUAAAAUUGUGUUUUGUUUUUAAAAUUUAUAUGUAGAAAAUGGACGUGUGUGUGUAACUAAAUCAAGACGAAUUGUGACGUCACAACUGCUAGUGACAUUUUCUAUAUAUAAAAUAAUAUAUAUGUUUUUACAUUGCUUUACCCUUGUUGUAUCAAUUAUUUCCAUUAUUUACAUAUUUAAAUGUUAAAACUAUAUAAAAUAUAUAUUUUAACGGGUCACAUCAAUAAAGACUGAGUCGAUUUAAAGUGAAAAUAAAUUAUUUUUGAUA